AUGCAGCUGGGAAUUCAAUCUGCUGCUGUUCUUGAUCCUCUGGGCACAGCCAUAGCGCGGGGUCCGCUGCUGCACGGGGGGUCUGCAGCAGCGGCAGCAGCAGCAGCGACUGCUGCUGCUGCAGACGCCGAAGAAUGGCCUGUGCCUGUGGGGCAGCAGCAGCAGCAACGCCCGGAAGAGCAGCAGCUGCAGCAGCAGCAGCAGCUGGCAGGCUCGCAACGGAUGCAGCUGCAACAGACGGAGCAGCAGCAGAAGAUGCUAGUAAUGCUUCUGCAUGGAUUUUCUGCAGCAGAAAGGAGGCAUGAGCUCUGUGACAAAAUAUUUGACUGUCUUCUAGAGCCCCAAGAAAUGGCAGCUGGGGUCGAGCAAGACAGCAGCAGCAGCAGCAGCAGCAGUGGCAGCAGUGCCCCGGCGUUGCUUCCUCCUGCUGCUAGCGCUGCUGCUGCUGGCGCCGUGCUGCCGCAUGCUGUUGCAGCAAUAGUUGCCCUUUCUCUUGUGAAGCUGAAGGCCUUCGACAGGACAGAUGUGAUAAGGGCUAUUGCAGAGGCUGUGAUGGCGUCUGACGUGACUACAUUCUCUCCGCAGCAAAUUACGAAUAUCCUUUACGCCUUCGAGCAGAUCGAGCAGCACAGAUGGAUUGGAGAAACUGGACCCGCAAAGAGGCUUGUGGCAGAGCAGCACGCAGCAGCAGCAACAGCUGCAGCAGCAGAAACAGAGGCGGCAGCAGCAGCAGAUGCAGAAGCAGCAACAGAUGCAGCAGCAGGAAGAGAUGCAGCAGCAGAGGAAAAGAUGGUGCGGAGAGCUGCGGCGCGGCUGGCUGGGCAUGCAACUGUUCGGAUAAAGCAGCUGUCGCCGCAGCUGCUGGGCAGUGCUGCUCUCUCUGCUGCACGGGCGGCGCUGCAGGGCCAGCAGCAGCAGCAGUUUCUCCUCGCAGCAGCUUUUGAAGUACCGGCGCUGCAGCUGCAAGGAAGUUCGGGGCUGCAUGCAUCAACAGCUUUGCUGGCAGCUCUAGUGGAGGGCUGGAUGGCCUUUGCUGGUGCAGCACAGGGGGCCCCCGGGGAGCCCCCCGGGGGGCCCCCCUCUGGAGUGGGGGGCCCCCACUGGGGCCUGGGCUUGCCUGUAGAGGCCAAGCGCGCUGUGGAGACAGCUACGGCAGAUCUUGCUGCUGCAGGCAGCAGCUGCAGCAGCGGCGGCAACAGCAGCAGCAGCAGUUUGCAGCGGGCUACGCGGGCUGCUGAUGGCCUCGCCGAUGCUGAUGCUGCCGUUGCUGCUGCUGCUGCUGCUGCUGCUGCAGCACAAGAAAGAGUCUUGUUCUCGCGGCUGGCCCGGCUUGACGUGCCGUUUCUUAUGGCGUUUGCUAACGCGGUUGCUGCUCCCCGUACUUGUGGAGCUGCUGCUGCUGCUCAGCAGCAGCAGCAGCAGGAGCAGGAGCAGCAGCAGAAUGAGACGGGCUUCUUGAACUUCAGGCAGCAGCUGCAGCGGUUCUUACCCCUCACGCUGCUGCAGGAAAAAACAGCAGCCGAGGUGUACAGACACGCCGUCCCUAGGCAAGCCUGUGGAAGCCCGGCUUAUUUGCUGCAGCACUGGCGAGUUUCUGCUGCAGCAACAGCAGCAGCAGCAGCGCAGCUGCCGGAGCCGCAGCGCGAGAUGCUGCAGCAAGGAAAGCUGCUGCCUGCAGCAGCCAGUGCUACAGCAAGUGCAGCAAGUUUUCUUGUAGGAGAACUGCGGUGUACAGACACUGCAAAAGUAUUGCAGGCUCCUGCUGCUUACGCCCGGCGGCUCAUCGCUUUUGCUGAGCUCGCGCAGCCCGGGCGUUUCUCAACUUCUCUUCGCGAGCAGCAGCGGCUACACGCGUCCCAGAGUCCCGGCAGCAGCAGCAGCAGCAGCAGCAGCAGCAACAGCAGCAGCAGCAACAGCAGUGCCCUGGAAGCGGGACCCGAGCAGGUGCUUAAUGCCCUCCUCAGCCCCCUCAAAGCCAACCCUGGGCUUUUUCCAUCGGCAGUAUGUGCUGCUGCUGCUCGUGUCGCUAUGGAGACAGGCGUUGGGGACCCGUUGUUUCUGGAGAGAGUUCUGCGGCGACUAGCUUGCCCAGGAGACCAGCCUGGCAUUAAGCUGCCCCAUAGCAGCAGCAGCAGCAGCAGCAGCAGGCCUGAAGAGCUGCUGCCGGCUGCAGCAUUCCUUGACUUGCUGCGAGGUGCUGCUGCUGCAGCAGCUCUGACUCGCCCAUCGCGGGAGGCUCUAGAGACCCUUUGGCGAAGGCACAGGGACAGUUUGCUGCAGCGA